AACCUUAUUAAAACAUAAAUGAUAAACAUAUUAAAACCUUUUUUACAAACAGAAUUCCGACUUUUUUGCCGUGAGUUUUAGUGAGGCGUGCGUUUACAGUGGUGUGUACAAGGUUUUUUACAGUGCUUACAGUUAGUUAAAGUUUACCAUACAUGAUGUAUGGUGUAUGGUACAUCCAUUGGACAGAUCUGUGCAUGUGAGUUUGUGAAAGCAGCAGGCGUGGAAGAAAAAUGCCUUCUUUCGACAUCGAAGGUAUCCACGUCGAGUUUCCGUAUGAGGCAUACGAUAUCCAGAUAUCUUAUAUGACACACGUGAUAAAAUCCUUGAAAUCACGGACGAAUGCCUUAUUGGAGAGUCCUACUGGUACUGGCAAAACCCUGUGUCUGUUGUGUGCAUCUUUAGCAUGGCUGGAGCACGAAAAAGCGCGUCAGCAGCUGCAGCGUUUGACUGGCGCUCCAUUAUAUUCUGCUGGAGCGGAGAUUCCCGAUUCCUGGCCGUCGCAGCGUUCUGCUGCUGAGCUGACGAAGGCGUUAGUGGAAACGAAAAUCAUUUACGCGUCCCGAACUCAUUCCCAAUUGGCGCAAGUCAUGCAGGAGCUGAAGAAAACUCGUUACAGAAAUGUACGAGUGGCCACGUUGGGCUCGCGAGAUCAGCUGUGCAUCAAUCCACAGGUUUCGCAGUUGCCUAACAUUGCCGCCAAGAAUAAAGUGUGUCGUGAUAAAGUCAAUACCCGCAGUUGUAAGUUUUAUGUUCAGUUGGAACAGCAAGCCAAAGAGAGUACAUUAGCUGUGGAACCGGCAGCUGAUAUUGAAGAUCUGCUCAGUUUCGGCAAGAAAAACCGAGUGUGUCCGUAUUAUUUGGCCAAAAGUUAUGAGAAGUCAGCCGAAGUGAUUUUCAUGCCGUAUAAUUACAUUUUCGAUCCCACCGUCAGGCGCACUAUCAAACUGGAUCUUAUGAAUGCUGUUAUAAUUCUCGAUGAAGGGCACAAUGUUGGCAAAGUAUGCGAGGACAGUUAUUCGUAUGAGAUUUCAUCCACUGAUCUUGCCACAACGAUCCGCGAAACCGGGCGAAUCCUGAAUCAUUUGGUAAAAUCGAAUGAGAUGGAAACAGCGUCAGGCAGCACUGUGCAGUCGAAUGUCACUAGGGAAUUGCAAAAUCCGGAACGGUCGGAGAAAACACGCGCCGUUGCCACAUUAAAAAGAACAUUACUAGACUUUGAAGCGGCACUUGAUGAGCUCUCGCUACCGGAGGACGCCAGCCACGGUUGGGUACGACCAAUGACCUUUAUGAAAGAAUUGUUUUCCGCGGCUAAAGUAAACCAAGUUCGUUUUGCGGAAUUAAGCACUUCCGUUAGUGAGCUGCUUGCUGAGAAUGAAAACAAAGAUCAGUUCUCUGCUUUUUCGAGUCAUAAUGCGGGAUCUCUGCAGAAAUUCGUUGAUUUGAUGGAAGUUGUUUUCUCGAAAGACGUUCAGAAGCAUCAUCCGUAUUUUCGCGUCUAUGUCCGCAAGGAAGACGUAAAAAAGAGACUAAAAGACGGUUGGAGCGGAGAUGGAAUUACGACCAAACAGAAUCGCGUAAUCAGCAUUUGGUGUAUGAGUCCAGGCUGUACGAUACAGACUAUCAUGCAAAGUGAAAUCCAUUCCAUGAUAAUCACUUCUGGCACGCUAACUCCAGCGGAGCCACUUUUAAAGGAACUAGCCGUACCGUUUCCGAUCCAGCUGUACAAUCCACAUGUUAUUAGUGGAAGCCAAGUUUGGGUCGGAGUGAUAUCGAAAGGACCGGAUGGAAUCCAAUGGAACUCACAGUUCAAAAACCGUGAUUCUGUAGACUACAAACGAUCUCUUGGUCGGGGUAUACUGAAUUUCCUUGAAGUGAUUCCGGAUGGAGUAUUAAUAUUUUUUCCUUCGUAUCGUGUCAUGGAUGAUUGUAUUACCUGCUGGAAAUCGUUUGAUUUGUGGGAGGGAAUGUCAAAAAAGAAGGCAUGUUUUGUUGAGCCGACUAAUCGCAACGAAUUUACCACCAUGCUGUCGGCAUAUUUUCAAGCAGUUCGAGAAAACGGACCCGGAGCGGCGUUUUUCGGCGUCUGCCGUGGGAAAAUCAGCGAGGGCGUUGAUUUCCCAGAUGUUUGCGCUCGCGGAGUUAUUUUGACUGGUCUACCGUAUCCAAAUAGAUAUGAACCGCGCAUUCGCGUGAAAAUGGAAUAUUUGCAACAAACCUAUGGAAAUGUCACCACUCGGACACUGACUGGUGAAGAGUGGUACAAUCGGGAAGCCUGGUCGACGGUCAACCAAGCCUUGGGGCGUGUAAUCCGUCAUGCUAAAGAUUUCGGAGCUUGUUUGCUGUGUGAUAUGAGAUUCGAGAACGAAAGCAGCAAGAAGCAGUUAAGCGGAUGGGUUCGUAAUUCUCUGCGGAAUUACGCCUUCCCGGUCGGCAAGCGAGCAUUAGCAGAUUUUUUCCGAGGUCAUUGUGGAGAACUACGUCUGAGGUCCUCAGAUGUGAUACCGUUGGAAAAUUUUGGACCAGAGAAAAAAUUCGUUACCGCGUCUGUGAAGCCAGAAAGGGAAACUUCCAUGGCUGCGGCCUGCGCUGUCCAAAAAAGAUGCGCUGCACUACAGUCGGAUGCCCAUGUGUUAUCUUUGUAUUCCGGUGCGGCAGUGUCGAAAACGAAGCGAAAUGCAUCUGUUUUUGCUGCAAUGGAUGCAUCGGAAGAUUCAGCAGCGCUGGAAAAUGCUGUUCCGGCUAUUGCUUCAGCUGAUAUUCCUUCCACAUUCUCUAGCCUGGCCACUCAGUCGAUGCCUGUAAUUCGCAAAAAAAUUGUCGUUAAACCCAAUAAAUCCGCGGAGUUGAACUCACAGUCCGGGCCUGCACAGAGAUUUGUCGACUUGCCCCGAGAGAGUUCCGUGGUUGCUUCGGCUAAGUCCUCAAACGAUCCAGCAGAAGCAGGAGUUAAGGAAAGGAACACAACUCAAGUGUCGGAUACUUUAUCUGUCUUGCGGACGGAACUAAACCAUGCAGAUUAUGCGGCGGUUUCUCGCGCACUGAGUAUACUAAGGAAACCCGAGUGUGACGGAUGUGCCUCUUUGACAGAAGCACUUCGCCGUGUAGAAGAUUCGAGCAAGCGCAGGAAAAUUGCGCUUUUAUUAAGCAGGUAUAUUCCAGUGCGCAGCCGUCAAGAGUAUGAUCGAUUUCUGGAUGGAAUGGGCUACGUUAUCACUUUGUAAUCAGUGGACGCAGCGUUGUGAUAAUUGUUACUUGUUGGCCGUGUGGCACACGAAAAGUGAAAAUUUAAUGUUGCUCACGUCGAUGUUUUAUACUUGUGCAAGUUUAUUAUCAAAAGAAAAUUAAUAAAU